GUUAACGACGCUUGUCUCAGUUGCAUCCGAACGCUCCAGCAGUAAACGUUAUCCAAAACUGGCCACGCUCAAAUCAAGCUGGCCACCAUGGUGACCCAAGCCGCGGCAACGGGGACAGCAACUACAGCCACAACCAACACCACCAAUAAUAACAAUCUGCAGACGAACAACAACAGCCAUGCGGGGAAUAACAACAACGAUGACUUUGACUUUGACCAGGAUAGCGGGCUGCAGGACCUCGGAUUACCGGUGUCCGUGCAAACAUUCCUGUGGCGCCAAAUAGCACCCUUCAUCCGGCCCAAGUUGGGCAAACUGCACGAGUCUACCUGUCUGUUUUGUCAACAUGCACCGGGACACCAUGAGUCGAAGGAAGCCUGCAAGUCUUUUGAGAAGGUACUUGUGCAGAACAUCCAGUUUGGACUUUCACCUCCUCUUACUAAGGGUUUGGGGGUCAUUCCACGAUGGCGCCUCCUCCAAGGAGCUCUGCCACAUGUUAUGCACGCCUGUGCUGCUCUACUUUACAAUCGUGUCAAGGACAUGCAGGCCAUAGGACCUGUGGAAACAAAGCUACUCUAUACCAUGCAGUGGAUCCUUCUCUACGCCGCCGAGGAAUGUGCCGAUGAUGAGGGCGGAGAGGAUCUGGGAUUGGGUGAUGCAGCGGAGCCCAGGUCCAAGUCCAUAGAUCAGUACUUGUUUUCUGUGCCCACUAUUACGCUCUUUGUGUACCUCUUUGCACCAAUUAUACACCACUUGAAGGAAUCGGAUUUCCAGAACUUCCGUUUGGAGAAUGGCAUAAAACUCUGGCAGGGAAUGUGGGAUAACCGAGCACCCGGUGCUCCAUGUUUUACGGCCCCCGUAAAACCCAAAGCCCGCAACCUUCUGUGUGCUCCCACUCCUAAAGGAUCCACAGAUGUUUUUCCUGCUCGUAAGCACUCACUUAGUGCAGAUGCCAUGUCCCCAAAAGCAGAUUCCCCACAGAGUGGUAUCUCCGAUUAUGGAAGGCAGGAUGAAGAGGGCUCUUGGGUUUCUUCUCCCAAGGAAUUCGCCUUUCCUGAAACCAUUCCUGAGGAGGCCUCCAGCGUGGAAGACGAACGAGUAGUCAUAUUUAGACUGCCUUCGGCACCACAACUAAUGGAUAACUCAUUCUUUACGGCCGAUGCUAGUCUGCUGCAGCAGCAGCAAUCUCAGAGCCGCCGUGGAAGUCGCCAGUCGAUGAACUCCCGGGAUAAGGAUAAAGUGCCCUCCACAAAGUUCGAGUUUGAUCAGCAGGAACUAAUGCGCGGUGCUUCGAUGAAGGAGAAGCGAAGUGCAUCCAUUGAGAAGGAGACAGACUCUGAUAAGUCAGAAAGUAUCAAGGCAGAUGUUUCGGCGGCUACUUUCUUGGACGUGGCUGUCCUCCGCUGUCUCUUCAUCUCUCAUUGGCAGGAGGAGGGCAUCUUCUGGAGCCUGCAAUAUCUAUAUAAUCGACUGAGUGACAUUGGCGAGGAGGCGGCCAUCACUUUGAAUCAACCUCGCAAGCGCUCCAACUCCUUGCCCAUUCCACAAAUCGAGAUAUCACUGUACCAAGGACCCGGCAGCAAUAGUCGCGAUAGUCCGGGAAGCUCUGUGGUUAAGGAUUACAUUGAAAUACCAGAUCAAUCGCCAACGGUGCCAACCUGUGUGGCAGAAGAACCUCAAAGCGCACCAAGUACUACAGAAAGACGUGGCAGCGAAAAGAAGAAACGGGUUAAAAUGGCCGAUCUGCGGGCCUUCGUUGAGACUAAGAUGUUCUCCAAGUCGGAGAAGAAUUUGGAAAAAGUAGGCCUCGACACAAACUCAGCCAAUGGCAAGACACCACUGCAACAUGCAGAGUACCAUCGCAGCCUGGACACGGGGGAGAAGAAACUAUCCCGAUCUGCCUCGAUGAUAAGCCGCGAGCCGGCCAGUAACUUGAUCAAGGGCAAAUCCAUGCCCAGUCUCAGCUGUCUGCUUGAUAGCGGAUACGUUGAGCCACCCAAGGCGCCAAGGCCAUCGCAGGUCGCCUGUCCGCGCUCCACGGCGUUUUAUCCUCGCAAUCCCAUCAUCACGGUCACGGAACACACCCCCACACCUUCCCCGGAUUAUAUGAAGCGACAGGGUUCCAUUGACUCCCAGCUGGAUGCCUUGAGUAAUGGUGGUAGCGUUGCCGGCAUGGGUGGAAAUGGAGGAGGUAAUGGCAGCACAGGUAUGGGCAGCACAACCACCCGUUACCGAGGUCAAAUGCUGCGCUCCCACACGGACUCCCACAUCGAUUACACAGGAGUGGAUGAGUCCGAGGCACCGGGAUCCUCCUUUUAUAUAACACGCGAUGGCGGCAUUGACUACGAGAUAAUUUUACUGGCCAUUAGUAAUGUAUUCAAGAGGGAUCCGGCGCAAGUCUGCUCCCUGCGAGUUUUGGAAGCGGGUCUGAAUAUCUGUGAACUACUCAUUGAAAUGGGUGUUCUUAAGUUGGGCGAACACGCUCACGAGAUAUCAAUGAGUAUUACAAGACGAGCCCUACAGGUCCUGGGCUGUCCGCAUGGAUGUAAUGAUGGUGUUCGAGGUCCACCCGCCGACUUCCUGCGCAACCAGUGCCAGAAGAUCAUGUCCCGCAUGCUGCGACAGGCGGGCCAAAGGACCAAGCGCUUCAUGCAGGAGAUGGUGAGGACGUCGCCGUUGCCGGAACUCAUCGACUACUUCCAUGCCUUCCUGGCCUUCUGCGUGGACCCCAGUUCCCUGCUGUCGCCCCUAAGUCAGGGCGGCUACUCGACCAAUUUUAGCGGCGGCAUGAGCGGCGGAGCCGAGGCCCAGGUGGUUGGAGCCGUCUUCAAGCCGCUGGUCAGCCGGUUUGUGGAGGCCAGCAAGGAUCUGAAGGGUCCGGAGAACAUAGCCCUCUACGGCGACAUCCGGCAGCUGGUCACUUACGUAAAGGGAGCCCAUGGCGGUCCCUUCCGCCUGGUGGCUCUCAGCGGCAUUCUCGCUGUCACGCCGAGGCCACACAAGAAGGGACCUUCGGCCCAGACCACUCGAGUGAUCAGACACAUUCCACAGGCAAAUGUGACACAGAGCCUACAGAACGACGACAACCGCUCCCAGCGCCGCCUGCUGCUGAAGAAGCGCAGCACCUCGUCCGCCUGCGCCAGUCUGCUGGAGACGGAGGCGUGCGAGGAGCACUACAAGACCAGCCAGUCGCCGCUGAGCAACUUCCGGCGACGGACCACCGGGGUGCGUCCCACGCUGACCCCGCGCCACAGCGAAAGAGCCCUGCUUUCCGACUCCACGUCCAGCUCGGAACGCAAUUCGCUGGGACGGCUCAGCGGCUUGGUGCGCUGGUUCCGCGGCACGCCCAAGGAGGCCUCGUCCAUUGACCUGGAGAUCGGGUCGCUCAACCCGGAGAUCUCCUCCACGUUCAUGCGGCACGCCUCGCUGAAGAUCCAGCGCGGCCGCUCGAGCGAUGGCCCGUCGAUUGGGCGGUCCAUUCAGCGCGCCAAGCGACGCGUCGAGCGGCGGCUGAACCGUUUCGGCGGCAUUGUGAAGGGCAAGAAGAAGGUGGGCGGCAUCGAGGAGACGGCGGACUUUAGCCGCCGCAGCUCCUCCGACAUGUGCGACGGGCACGGUCCGCGGGAGUCGGAGGUGGUGAUCCUCAAGGAGCGCAAGUUGGUGCCCACCGAACCGGUUCGCGUGGGCAUGCUGCGGCUCUCCUUCCUUUUGGAGACCUGUGCCCCCGGCUCCUUUCCCGAUCCCCAGCUGGUGGCAGCCGUCCUCGACCUGCCCCAAGCUCCUCUUGUGGCUCGAGCCACCUUCCUGUUGGAGUGCGCCCACUUUGUCCAUUUGUGCAACAAGGGGCAAUGGCCAGCCUGGAUGAAGCAGAACGUGGGCAGCUACCGGGCAUCCGGGGCCAACAUCAAUCUCAACCAGAUGAAACAGCAGGUGAGCCAAACGAGCGCCAGAAGGACGCACAUCCUGCAACGAGCCGCCGGAAAGAUGUUCCACCAGUGGGCGGAGAUGGUGGGUGCCAGACUCGAGGAGAUCCUGUUCACCGAGCGGUUGCAGUACGAGGCGGUCAACGCCAGUCUCACAGAUCCCGAAAAGCAACGCGAGCUACUGCAGCAGGAUGAGGAGGAGGACUUCCUGGACGAAACCUCGGUGAAUCCGCAUGGCAACGAUUGUCCGCACUCCUUGAAGCUGAUCGCCUGUGUGCUGCUUUUCGAGAUCACCGCCUUCCUGCGGGAUACCUACCUAAUGCUGCCCAAGACAUCCAAACUGAUCCAUCGCGACAAGCCGGCGCCCUGGGAGAAGGUGUACCGCGAGGCCAACAGGCGCUGGUCCAUGGCCCUCAGCUCCAUGGGUCACUCGCAGACCUCCGCCCAGAGCCUGCAGUCGAUAGCAGCUGGAAACGAUGGUGCCGGCCAGUCGGAGAGGAAGAUAUCCUUCGUGCUACAUGAACCGGAUAACGAGUCGGAAAACAGUAGCAACACAACGCUUACCAAGGAGGGCGAAGAAGCUCGUCGACCCACUGCAUCGGCUGUCCGUCCAUUUUUACUAAGACGUGGCACAGCCACUACAACGGGAGGCUCCUUUAAGCGUCGCUCUCUGAAGCUUCGUCGUAAUACGAAGGACAGCAAAGACAUUGAAACGGAUUUCAACAUGCAAUCGCGUCGCAAGGUCUCCUCGCUCUCCGAUCGCAGUGACACCUCGGAGCAGGGCAUGAUCAGUGGUGGUGAGGAGUCCCCAGGGAUACUCAGCGAUGAUCAGCAGCCAGAGUCACCUACUGACUCCAACGAAAACGAUGAUACGGCCAAGAAUAUGCCUUGGCUAAAGGCUAUUAUUGAUCUUAUGACCAGUUACAACUACUAUUGUACUCACAAAGGAUAUUGUCAUCCGUUCUGCUAUAAACGACACAUGCGCUCCUGCACUCGUUUGGUUAAGGCCACAAGAAAGGUCUAUGGCGAGGAAUUCGGCUUUACUUUCGAUGCAGAUCAUCCCAAUGUCGAACCCACAAUAAUCACGUCCAGUAAGCCCCACACUUCACGAGCCCGCUCUACUCGCAAAGUAUCGGAGCAGAGUUCCACACAGACAUCUCCUUCCAAGAGAAAAGAUAGUUUGUCCCGCAAAGAUCGCAUUAGUGAUGAUCCCGACCUGGAAAUGGCGGAAAAAUUGGCCAAGGCCUUUCGCCAGGAGAAGGAAAAGAAGAUGCAGGAGGAACCGCCCAUCCUGAAGUUCAUCCGCAUCCACAUACGCAACUUGUUCCACUUUCCGCUGGCCACUUUGCUGAAGGGUGCCGUCGUGCUCACCGAGGAGAUGGUCAUCGAGGCUAUGCCCGCCGCCUGGGAACUCCUGCUGGAGACGAACCACGAUACGGCCACCUCAAGUGCCGCCGUAUUUUUGAUGGGUUCGGUGAAGUCCCAAAACUUCGCUUUUGACAUCAUGCAGAGGGCUUUGAAGCACAAGGAUCCGGAUAUAAGGAUCGGCGCCAUUCAGCGAUAUCUAGUGCUGUGGAAGUGCCGCUUCCACGUCUGGCCGCGAAUGGAGGAGAAUGCCCAUGACGUGACUUUCAAGGUGCCACCGGGUGGCAUUGAAUUCACACUUCCAUCGCCCAAGAUUGGCAUUGAAUGUCUGCCGGUGGUGGAUCCACCCUGGAUGCCAGUGCAGCAGACAAAGGACAUGGACGUCACCCUGAACCAAGAUAGACAUCGAUCCUUGGUCACCGCUACCAAGAGCCGUAAGAUGCAGCAGACGGAGGCCAUCCGGAAUGCCCUGCGUCAGCAGAGAGACAAACAGCGGGCGGAGCGUCACAGCUUCCUUAUCACCAUGAUACCCAUAAGCCAACAGGCCUCCCAUGAGCCCGGAAUGGAGAAGCUGGAGGACCACGAGAUCGAAGAGGAUCUCGAUGGCACCCGCAUGUCCUCUCACCUGCACCAUGCCCACUCCCUUUUUCCCUCUGUUCUGUGCUCCUCCGUGAUGCAGAUCGUAGGAUGUUUGGACGAUGCCGCAAUCGGAUCUGAUGGCAACGCGGUGUACGAGAUUGCCUACCAGGUCAUCUGGGUUUGUUUGGUGGAGGAGUCUGCCCUGUUUCUGCGGUACGUGUUUGAACGACUAACUCGCGAUCGUCAGGAUCAGAUGUUCAAGCUCUUACGACACCUCAUCCGAUUUGUGCCACGUCUGCCGCAACAAGCGGCUUUUGCCCUUUACAAUUCGAUUAUUGGAUACAUCAUGUUCUAUGUGAGAUCAUCCAACGAACUAAAGCAAGAGCUGGUGGGCUCAGCCUUAUCAGUGCUUUGGAUGGUGGUGCACUCGGUGCAUGGAAUUAUGUUCAAGGAUCUUAAGCAGAUUCUGCGAAAGGAACAAUGCGAUGCAUCCAUCCUGCUUACCGCAAAUGUGCCCGCAGCCAAGAAGAUUGUAGUACAUGGUCCAGCCGAUGACGACUACAACAUACCGUCACAAUUUCCAGUCCAGGAGGAUACUCUCUUCUGCCAGCUACUCAAGGAGGCUUUAGACUACUAUCCCAUUGAUGAGAAGAACACCAGUCACUACUGCCUGGUGGAUUACAAGAGCAGCAAAAUCCUGAAUCCCAAUUGGUAUAUCCGCGAUCUGUACUUCUUUAAGAGGUCUCAAUACCCGGAGGUUAGGCUCAUGCUAAUGCGUCCGGAGGAGUCCUUCCUGGCCCUCCAGAAACAAGAGCUUACCAAGAAGUUUGUCGAGAUUGGCAAAGUGCAUUUGACUUGGGCUAUUCUCAAGAACGUGGACAUGGUUGUGCAGCGAGUGGUGUUCCUGCACGAGGAGCUGAUGAAGCUGCCCUCCUUCCCGCGCAAGGCACUCGAGGUGGAUCUGGAUCUGCACCAUGGUGGCGAGUACGGAAAGGUGCUGCUCGGGUUGGACGUCCUGCACAAGUUCAUGUGGGUGCGACUGAUCGCCCGCAUGUUCGAGGCCAUGGCUGGUAAUUUUGCCUACUCGGCGGACAUCCAACUCUUUCUGAACGUCCUUUCCGGCGCCUCCAUUCUGCACGCCGAAGAUUCGUGCAUCAUGCGCUAUGUGAUGGCCACCUUCAUCAACGCCGCCUUCAACUUUAAAAACAUCUUUUCCACGAACGGUUAUUUUAUGAUAAUGCCCACUUUGUUGCAAGUUUAUUCCCUGCAUCAGACCAACAAGCUGAUCACCACAACAAUUGAGUAUGCGGUCAAGCAGUUCUAUCUGCUAAACAGGAAACCAUUUAUCCUGCAAAUGUUUGGAUCCGUCUCCGCCAUUCUCGACACUGAUGAAGAUGGCACUUAUGGUGAGGCCCACAAAGUGCAGUCGAGCUGUCUGUUCAACUUGCUCCUUAGUCUGGAGGACCCCUCCCCGGAUCCUCUAAACAUUGCGGAACUGGUCAAGGAGCCUAAACCACUAAAGGCCAUCGACUUUUGUUACCAUGACGAAAACGACGACGUCACUGUACUGGACUGCAUUACUCUCUGUGUAAUGGUGGUCUCCUACUCCGCGGAGAGCACACGAGGAUACCAAAUGCUAAUAAUUUUAGAGGCCAUUCUGCCCUGCUAUUUGCAGCAGAUACAAUCGCCCAGCUAUAUUCCGCUACAGGGAAAGUCGGAGCGCGAUAUAAUCCUUCAGCUGGCAGUGGCCAUUCGCACCAUGGUGCACAACUGCGAAGGUCUGGCCAAGAGCUAUAAUGGACCCUAUCGGAAUAGUCCGGAGCACAAGGGCUCCUCGCAACGCAACUGCAGUCGGGGACCACCAUGUUCGCCGGGUCUGGACUUUGAAGAGGAGACGCAUCCCAAGUAUUUGACUGAUGCCCGUACCAAGAAUAUGAUGGACUCGGCAGAGGACUCGGAAAUGAUACGCACCGAGUACAGGCGACCCCGCGACGUUUUACUCUCCGUGGUGGCUGAUUUCCUCACCAAAUCCACGGCUCGAUUGGCGGAGCUGGCCAAAAAGAUGCCUAGCGAUACGAAACCCACCGAGGUCCUGGACGCUAAGUGCCACAUCCGGCUGGCGGACAUUGCACACUCUCUGCUAAAGGUGUCGCCCUAUGACCCGGAAUCCAUGGCCUGCCGGGGUCUGCAACGCUACAUGCAGGCGGUUCUACCACGGGCGGAAUGGUCCAACGAUACUCUGCGCAAUGCGCUGGUCACCAUUCUACGGCGCAUCGACAAGGUGUUCCUCAAGAUCUCAAAGAAACCAUCGAUUAGGAGGAAUACGGACUGGGAGGCGGCCGCCGGACUGCUGAAGGGUAUCCACGAGACGAUCAUACGGCACUCGUACGUGCUGCACUGGCAGCAAAUGAAAACGCUCAUAAGCACAGUGCAGAAUCUGAUCGUCAACGAACCCGGAUCCGGCAUCCCCGAGGGCGUCUCCAGCGCAGGAGCAGCGCUCAUGUCUCAGAAUCCGCCGGCCUUUUUCUGCUCGGCCGUGGUGCGUUUGGUGGCCCUGCAGGUGGUCAGCCCCGUGGACUGUUUCUCCCUGGUCCAGAUUUGCGGCGGGAGCGCCGAGUUUGCCACGCAGGAAAAGGCCGAGGGCUUUCUAAUGCAUCUGAUAAUGCCACUGUGUCUGAAGGUUUGCUCGGGCCGAGGCGUUUCCGACGUGGGCGAAUUGAAGAUGACGGACGUGUCCUUCCUGCUGACUGCCGUGUUGAACGCGAUGAGUCCGCCGGCGGGUCGAACCGGCCAGGCCGUUUCCCAGAUCAACCGGGUAACCGGCGACCUUCGCGCCGGCUCACUCACCUUCACCGGCAGUCGGGAUGCCAAGCGCCCAGCCCGCAUCUCCGGCUCCCUCUACCAGGCUGCCUUCCUCGCCCUGCGCAUCGUGUGCAUCUGCUUCGAGAGCCGGCUCUCCAACGAAUGGCCGCGCAUUGUCCGGGUCAUGAGGGAUCUCGGAAGGCGCAACGAGGCGGCACCGGACCUCUGGAGCUUCAUGGAGUUCGUCGUCACCCACCGAACGCCCCUCUACAUUGUCCUUCUACCCUUCAUUCUGCACAAGAUCUCGCAGCCACCAAUUGGGGAUCACGAGAGGCACAUGCAGUUCAUCAUACGGGAGCGACUGCGUGGAACUCCGCCACAGGGCGGGAUCAAGUCCAAGGGAGCUCUGCUGUUGGAACUGGCCCGGGAGCUGCGGGACCUGCGCGACGAGCUGGAGGAGAAGCGAUACGUCUCCACAGAUCGCGAGAGUUCCGAGCAGAAGAAGAGCGACACUCCGGCGGCAACUAGUGCGGCAGAAGCCCACAAGUCGCAGCAAAGACCUUCACUCAUAUCUAUCUUCACAGGAACCACCACCGGCCAGGCCACGCACUCCCACGUCUCCGCCGUGCCGAUCGACUCGCGCAGCGGAUCCGGGGGAAUCUGCACGCCCAGCGACACGCUGUCGCAGCAGACGCUGCACCCGCCGCGGGAGUCGCUGUCCAGCAGCUCCACGGGCCGGGAUCCGCACACGACGACCAGCGAGAGCCAGAGCGGCGAGGCGGACGCAGGAUCGGCGCCCACUCUGGUGGGGCCCACGCCGAGCGGAUCGGGACAUGGAUCGGGCGGUGCCGGUACCGCCUCCGCCGUGCCCUCGCAUCUCUCGCAUUCGCAGUCGUUGCAGCAGGCUCCCUUCAAGGCCCAGCCGCCCAAGUUGCGCUUCGUCUCGUCCGUGGAGUUCCGGCACUCCUCCGGUGAGACCUCGACCACGCCGCUCUCGCCGGAGAGUCCUGCGGAGGACAGUUCCGGGGAUCAUACCCGCUCCAGGCUGCAGCGGUCCAAGGCGGCCAGUCGGAAGACCUUCAGGCUGAAGCGUAGUCGUCUCACGCCCAUGGAACCACCCAGCAUUGUAACCUCCCAGGAGGAGCAACCCCAGCAGGCGCAGGCCAAGACCCUUGGGGAGAUAUCCUGGGACUCUGUUUCACAGACAUCCUCGACUUCCGGUUAUCGGGACAACAAUAGCCUGCAGACGGGCCUGCUGUCACCAGAUGGAUCUUUGGGUGGAUUGACCCUGGGUCGGUCACCCUCGCAGCACUCGCUUUUAAUGGUCUUCGAAGGACAGGACGAGGACACGCUCAUUUAACAAUCACAGAACGGCGACCGGGCCUACGAACUUUAGAACCCAAUGGUUCCACUAAUUAACAGGAAUUGGGAGUAGUCAUGUGUGCAAAACAUAGUUGUUGGGUGUUAAGUUUUAUAGACGAAUCGUUGUUUUCCAGUGUGUGCCCUUUUUGUAUUCGAUAGAUAAAGUUAGACACUAAUAAAUGUACUUGGUAGCCGUUCUAAUUGAUACACUUGUUGUCUAAGAGACUUGUUGUUUAAGAGACUUUCUUGUGGUAAAAAAGUAAAAAUGAUUACAGUUUAAGAUAUAAAUUUCUUCUUAUUUAAAUGCAGAUUAAUUAUCUUUCUGCUUUUGCUUAUGAAAGACCAAUACAAAAUUAAGGUCGUACUCUACCCUGCUUAUUUUAUGCGCUUUUGUUAAUUUAUGACAUACCGAAAAUCUUCAAAGUUUAUUACGCAAACGUACUGUUUUACUUUGACCACGGAAUUAUUUAUUAACAUUUUUACGGA